UUUAAAAUGAUUUUCGAAUCUAAAUACCCAAAAAUAAAAAUUCCUCAAGAAGGAGUUUAUCAAUAUUUGACUAGUAAUCAUAAAAAAAUUCCAGAUGAUAAGGUUAUUUUUAUAGAUGGAAUUACUGGUAAAAGGUAUACUUACGGUGAAUUUAAACAUGAAUCGAAAAAGUUUGCUGCAGGAUUGCAAGAUAAAUUAGAAUUUAAACUUUUGGGAACGAUUGCAGCUGGUGGGAAAGUAACAACUGCUAAUCCGAAAUACAGAGCAACUGAAUUAUCAUAUCAACUAACCGACUCAGGUGCAUCUGUCCUGAUCGUGCAUCCGGAAUUUCUUGAAACCGCCAUUGAAGCUUCAAUUGAAGCGAAAAUUCCCACAUCUAGAGUAUUAGUGUUUGGUGAUGAAGAAAUAAAAGGGUACAAGCCUUAUCGCUCUGUUUUAAUCGGUGAUCAUGAAAUUGAGCCGGUUUAUUAUACUCCUGAAGAAGCAAGAACAACGACUGCUUAUUUACUUUAUAGUUCUGGUACAACCGGAAAGCAAAAAGGUGUCGAAAUCACUCACACAAACUUAAAUGCUAAUUUAGCUCAAUUACUCGGUGCCAGCUGUGACCUUGGUCCAAAUAGUAUACUUAUGGGAGUUUUACCUUUUUUCCACAUUUAUGCAUUAAAUUGCAUUCUUCAUGGGACCUUUAUUCAUGGUGCUACUACGAUCGUUCUUCCAAGCUUCAAUGUGGAAACAUUUUGUGAAGCAAUCCAAAAAUAUAGGAUCACUCAUAUUCAUGCUGUUCCGCCGAUUAUCCUUAAACUUGUCAAUGUCUCUGUAGUUCAAAAGUUUGAUUUAUCAAGUGUGAAUAUGAUCAUAAGUGCGGCAGCACCGUUGAGUGAUGAAUUGGAAAAAAAAUUUAAUGAGAUGUUUAAAGUGCCGAUUUUACAAUGUUAUGGUCUUACUGAAACGUCUUCGAUAGUGCAUUAUCCUGAUACAAAGAACAUUAAUAAUUCAGCUCCAGGUUCUAUUGGAUUUCUUCUUCCGAAUGUGAAAGUUAAAAUAUUGUCAGAAGAUGGUGACGAAAUGUGGCUUCAUGGACCAAAUGUUAUGAAAGGUUAUCUUAAUAAUAAAGAAGCUACAAAUGCUGUCUUUGACAAAGAUGGAUUUUUUAACACGGGAGAUAUCGCAUCUGUUGACGAACAAGGGAACUUUUUCAUUGUUGAUCGAAAAAAAGAGUUAAUCAAAUAUAAAGGUUUUAAUGUGGCACCUGCUGAAUUAGAAGCAGUUCUGCUUACACAUAAUGCAGUAUUAGAUGCUGCUGUAAUAGGAUAUUAUUCUGAAGAAAAAGCAACCGAAAUGCCUAUAGCAUAUGUCACAAUUAAAUAUGGAUAUGAGCAAUCUCAAGCUUUAGCAAAGGAAAUUCAAUCUUUUGUAGAUGAAAAAGUUGCGCCACAUAAAAAAUUAAGAGGUGGUAUAUUAUUUGUUGAUAAAAUUCCAAAAAGUGAUUCUGGUAAAAUUCUAAGAAAGUUAUUGAGAGAAAAAUUAAAGAAUGAAAAAAUGAAUUAA